AUUUGGUUCAUGUUAUAGGAUGUUCCCGUGAUCCUGUCCCCUUUGUAUUUUAGCCUGGAAAGGCUGAUGUGUAUUUGUUGUGUGCGGAGUCGACUAGUCACCUGCUGGUGGGCUGUAACAGCUUCUCUGACGACAUUGACUGUGUUGUUAAAGAUAUUUAAGCUGCAGUAAGAGACAUUGCAGUGCCCGGGCCAGAGCUUUAGCAGCCUUUCAGCUCACAGGGAGAAUUAACUUGCCAGGUGAUAUUUCUUCCUCCUAUUUCUGCAAUAGGAAGAUUUCCUCAGUGAGGAUGGAAUCGGUCAUAUAUUUGCUUCUGAUUGCUGUUUGGAUGCAAGCCUCAGCCAUUCCUCUAUCCACUCGACUUUCCGAAGAAGAGGAAAAGGUCUCGAAAUGUAUUAUGGAGAUUUUGACAAAUGCUCUUUCCACACCCAGAGCAGAACAUGUGAGCAGCAGCUGCCUUCGGAUUCUGCAGAAAGAUGAGAGAGUGUUAUCUAUGAUGCACCAGCAGCACCUGUUGAGAGAGCUUGAGGAUCUGACCCACAGAGCAGAAAAGUCUAAGCAUUUAGAAGAGGAAGUUAUGGACAACAGUGAGGAAGAGGAGAGGAAAAAGAGAGUUAACGAGACUCCUCCCAAGAGGGAGAAGGAGCAAAAACGAGAAUCAGAGAGUGAUGUUUCUACAGAGCAUCAGGAAACCAAAGAGUUUGAGAAGGUGAAAGUAAAAGAGAAAGAGCAUGGAACACUUGAUGAGGAGAAAGCCAAAAGGUUCUUAGAAGAAGAGGAUGAAAGGAAGAGGGGUGGCGAGCAAAAGAAAUCUGGAAUCGAUGUGCGAGGGGAUGGAGCCUCAAAGAGGAAAGACAAAAAACAGUUCAGUGAAGAAGAUGAAUAUAGUUCAGAAGAGGACAGGGGAGAUAGGAGAAACCAUGACAACAACCACGAAUGGUACCAUGGAAAUCGACAUUCAUCGGAGAAUGAAGAGAAAGGAUCUGAGAAGAGGGUGGCUGAAGAUCCAAGUGAAGAGGAGACAUCUCAGUUUGAAUCAGAAGAUAAAGGUCUGAAAUAUUUCAACUCAAAGACUCGUAUGCAGGGGGUUCAUGGGGUUGGCAAGGGGCACAUGUCUCUCAAAGAAGAGGAAGAAAUGGGGAGAGAGAGAAGUUAUCACCAUCCAGGAGUACUAAACAUAGGUAGUGAAAGGCAUCACCAUUCUGGUAGGGUUGGCAAACAUGAAAAUCAAGAAGAGGAAGAGGAGGAAAGAGAGUUGGCGGAAAUAGAGGAAGAAGAAGAACGCAGAUCUGAGGAACAUGAUCUCCAGCAGGUGGAGGAAGAGCUGAGAAGAGCGGCUGAGAAACUGCUGGAGUUGCAUCGCGGUUGAAUUAAAAAAAUGUCAUUUUAACAUGGAGCUUUUCUGACAAUAACUAGCAUGCACAUACUUUGUACAAUUAUCUUAUCUGGUUAUAGUUUUUCACUGUGUUUUACUGGUACAACAGUUUCAUGUCCAUGUUGUGGGCGUGGAACACCUCCAUAUUGUGCAAACUAGGGAUGCAUCAAAUUCGGGAUUCAGCCUUUUUCAGCAGGAUUCCGCCGAACCGAAUCCGAAUCUGCAAA